AUGUUGAUGGAUGUCCCUCGAACUCAAGCUGCUGCGGCUCAAGCUGAGGUGUUGCUCGAUCACAAGCUGAUGCUCCUCAAGCCGGAAUGGUCUCAAGGCAAGGCCGACUUCGUUGAUGAUGUGGAUGUCAUUGGGCUCAUGCUGCUGCUGCUGCUCAAGCCUGCAAUGAAGCUAUCGAAGCUAACCCAAGUCCAUUUCAAGGCAAUUCCAACUUCGUUGAUGAUGAUGGUGUUGCUCGCGCACAUGUUGCUGGUGCUCAAGCUCAAGCGAAGCUUC